AUGUCGCAAAAUGAUGAGGUUUUUAUUAAACUGGCAUUUAAUCAACGCAUUAGCGUUAGUCAAAAACAAAAAGUGAUAGAAUUUUGGAAAUUCUGUAUGUCUGUGGGUCAUCUGAAACCUUUUGUAAUACCGCCAGAUAAGAAACCAUUACAGGAAGAAGAUACCGUUGAAGAACCUUCAAAAUUAAUCAGAACAAUGUGGCACGAUCAAUUAAAAGUUUUUCACGAGCACGGAUUAGAUAAAGCAGCUCUUGCUGCGACUGAAACGUGCAAACUUUGUGAAACCAAUGACAAUAAUAUAUGCAUGGAAUUCGCUGACACGGUGCAGCAACCGUACGAAGAACUAUUAGACGAUAUGAGAACCUUCGACGAAAAGUUAAACGAGAAGACAGAAAAUGGCGCCAAAAUAGAUCGGAAAAUAUCUUCCAUAUUGUAA